AGAUGUACGGGGAAUCAUCUAGUUUUCACAUCUCUCACAUACUUAAUUUGCAUUGCCAUUGAAGAAAGGGAAAAAUAUGGCAAAGCAUUCACCUGACCAGCUAGCCAUCGAAGAGUUGAAGAAGCUUAUCAGAGAGAAGGAGGAACUUAAUGAGUCUGCUGAUACAAAAAUUGAGGACGUUAUAGCUGAGUUGCAGCUGCAGGGGUGUCACCCUACUCCUGAAACUGCUGAGCAGAGAAUCAUUGAUGGGUUUACUUACUUCAAGAUCCACAAUUUCGACAAGAACCCGGAUCUAUACAAGGAACUUGCUAAGGGCCAAAGCCCCAAGUUUCUGAUAUUUGCUUGCUCUGACUCUCGAGUGAGUCCUACCACUAUCCUGAACUUCCAACCUGGAGAAGCUUUCAUGGUUCGAAACAUUGCUAACAUGGUCCCUCCAUUUAAUCAGCUGAGGUACAGUGGAGUAGGUGCGGCCAUUGAGUAUGCAAUCUUGGAGCUUAAGGUGCCAAACAUCCUGAUCAUUGGACACAGCCGCUGCGGUGGAAUAGCAAGGCUUAUGAGUCAUCCAGAGGAUGAUUCUCCUUCCUUUGAGUUCAUAGACGAUUGGGUGAAAAUUGGUUUACCUGCCAAAAUCAAGGUCCUGAAGGAACAUGCAUGCUGUGAUUCCUUAGAACAACGCACACUCUGUGAAAAGGAGUCAGUGAAUAACUCCCUAGUGAACCUGCACACAUAUCCAUUUGUUGAUAGAGCAAUAAGGAGCAAGGGGUUAGGGCUCUUUGGGGGUUACUAUGAUUUUGUGAAUGGAGAGUUCAAGCUUUGGAAGUACGAGUCUCACUUCACCAAACACAUUUCUAUCCCUCACUGUCACUGAACCCAUGAGUUGACAUGACUAUCUAAAUCCUUAGUAGGGAGGCUCUGAAGCAUGGCACUACUUCAUGCUUAUUGUUGAAGUUGCAAGUUACUUUGUUGUGCUCUUUGUGGUUUUAAAUUUCAAAUAAAUAUCAUCAACCCUUGAGUUGUAAAAAUAAAGAGUGACUAGAGUUCAAGGCAUCCAAUCUGUGCUUUAUGAUAACUCUUAGGCUGAUGUAUCUAUUCGUCAUGUCGUAAUAAAAGAUUGAACUUCAGUGAUUAUGUUUCUUAUUACCAA